GUACGCAGACGGCCGCGCGCACCGCCAGCGGCGCCAUGCUCCACGGUCGGACCCUCAGCUAGCGGACAACAUGUCUCCCGGAGCCCCGCAGCCAGCCCGCCGAGCCCGGCCCGGGAGCCGCGCCGGAGCCGCCUUCCACUGACCCAAGAUGUGAAGACGGAGCGGGAGCGGAGGAAUGGCCGGCUUUUGACUCUUACUCUUCGGUUUCGCGUGGCGCAGACCGCGGAUCGUGUGUGAAGUUGUCGGUGACCGGACGGAGCAGCGGAAUUAAAGGCGCACUGCGGCCGACGACGAAGCCGCCAACAUGGAGAAGCCGCCGCAGAGCGACCUGGAGCGGGAGCGGCAGUACUGUGAACUGUGCGGGAAAAUGGAGAACCUGCUGAAGUGCGGGAGGUGCCGGAGCUCCUUCUACUGCAGUAAGGAGCACCAGAAGCAGCACUGGAAGAAGCACAAGCUCAUCUGUAAGGAGGCGGAGCGGCCCCCGGCCACCACCAGCACCGAGCCGCCCCCGCCUCCGCCACCGCCGCCGGCCAGCAACGACGAAGCGCCGGCAGAUAAGACCCGGAGCUCCGAGCCCGGGGACGGCUCCGGCUCAGAGGCGCCCGGGUCCGGGGACGGGCCGGUUCUGGGUCCGGCGGAGGAGCGGUCCAACCCCGGGACGCCCAACGGACAGUCCAGCUCGUCCCCGCAGAAGCUGGCCAUGGAGUACAUAGUCCCGUGCAUGGACAAGCACGGCAUCUGCGUGGUGGACAACUUCCUGGGGGCGGAGGUGGGAGCGGGCGUCCUGGACAACGUCAAGGCCCUGCACAAAACCGGCAAGUUCACGGACGGACAGCUGGUGAGUCAGAAGAGCGACUCCAGCAAAGACAUCCGAGGGGACAAGAUCACCUGGAUAGAGGGGCGGGAGUCCGGCUGCGACAAGAUCCGCUUCCUCAUGAGCCGCAUGGACGACCUGAUCCGGCACUGCAACGGCAAACUGGGCAACUAUACCAUCAACGGACGGACUAAGGCGAUGGUGGCGUGUUACCCAGGAAAUGGGACAGGAUACGUCCGCCAUGUGGACAACCCCAACGGUGACGGACGCUGCGUCACGUGCAUUUAUUACCUAAAUAAAGAUUGGAACGCCAAGGAACACGGCGGCCUCCUGCGGAUCUUCCCCGAGGGAAAGGCCCAGUUCGCCGAUAUUGAGCCCAAGUUCGACCGCCUGCUGCUGUUCUGGUCCGACAGACGGAACCCGCACGAGGUCCAGCCGGCGUUCGCCACCAGGUAUGCCAUCACCGUGUGGUAUUUCGACGCAGACGAACGAGCCCGAGCUAAAGAAAAGUAUCUAACAGCAGCAGGAGAAAAAGGGGUGAAGGUGGAACUGGACAAACCGUCUGAAGCCAGCUAGUAGAGGCCUGGUCCUGGUCCCGGUCCCGGUCCUAGUCUUGGUCCCUGGACCUGACCCCCAGUCCUGGUCCUGGAUGCAGGCCCGGCCCCUGUCCCAGCCCCGGCCUUGGCCCGGGUCCUGGUCCUGUUCCUGGAGUCCUGGACCGGUCCUAGGGUCUGGUCCCAGCCGUGGCCUUGGUUCUGCUCCCGGAUCCCUGGGGUCCUCAGGCCCCGGGUCCUCGGAUCCUGUUUCUGUCAGAGCCUGGGUUAGGGUUCGCCGGUCCCAGCCCCGGCCCUCGGACCCAGUCCUGAUUCUGGUCCCAGCCCCGGUCCCGACCCUGGCUCCGGUCCUGUUCCUUGGACCUCAGUCCUCAGGUCCUGGUUUUGGCCCGGUCCUGGUCCCGGUCCUCGUUGUGCCAUUAAGUGCUCUGCCUGAAGAAAGUGGCUUAAAGACUGUGUGUGUGCGUGCGCAUGUGCGUGCGCGUGUGUGUGUGUGUGUGUGUGUUAUUGCUGGAGUGGGCGGAGCCUCCAUCAACCACGCGGCAGUGGGCGUGGGUUUCGUCCCAGUAGACCUUGAAUGUCUCGUACUGAAAGGGAUCGUGUGCGUCUUUACGUUUUCACAGACUCAUGGACAGGAAGUGAGUGAGCGGGCCUGUUGCAUUCUGGUCUUUGCAGUUAAUUCCUUAAAGGUACAGUGUUCUGCAUUUGCUUAACGUCUCAUGCUUUUCACAUGGAAUCAGCUGUUAUAAGCUACUGUUUGUGCUUGACUUUAAUAACCUGAGGAAUGACCUGAAAUAAAAACAGCCCUUUUCUGACGCCG